CGCGCGAUCUCCCCGGCCAACUCCGCUGGAUUGCUUCCUCCGCACGCGGAUACGCACGGUCAGAUCAGAUCGCCGAAGCGGAGAAUUCGUGAACUCCCCGAACGCAACUCCACUGGCGGGCUCCUCAAACUAAUUACCGCUCUCCCGGCAGCUUUGCAGCACCUGCAUUAUUUAAGUUAAUACAUAUAAACACGAAAAAUCCGGUGAUCAGGCACUGAUUACGCAUCAAUACAGGCCUUUGCGUGGGGAAGAGAGAGAGAGAGAGAGAGAGCGCCAGUACGGGCUUUGCACGAGGGNAGAGAGAGAGAGAGAGAGAGAGAGAGAGAGAGAGAGAGAGAGAAGAUGGCGACUGCUGUGGGUUUAGCAACGGACAUUGCGAGGUCUGCUGGUGUAGGAGGUGCUCUGUCAAGAGCAGAGGGUGGGGAAAUCUCGAGCCGAGAGGUGGUGUCUGUGUCUGCAUGGGCACAGACAAAGUCGACUUCCCGAUGGUGCUCUUUCUCGAGAUGUGUGGCCUCGCCUGCUGCCGCCGCUGCUGCUGCGAAUGGACACCUGGUAAAGCGUUCGAAACCUUCAUCGGCGUCGCUGAGCUCGUACCGAGGGUUACGAAGGGCUGGUGUCACUCACUCUCUAUCGGAGCCUUUCUCCCCACACACGCUCUUCAGAUCACAUGAAACUGCGGAGAAUCGUGACGGCGGAAACUGCCCUACUGGGGUUCAAGUCAGAGCUACCCUGGCAGAUGUCCAUGUGAAGAGCAAGGUGGAUGCAACAAUGCCGAGGGGGGAGUCUUGGGCAGUGCAUAAAUUUGGUGGGACUUGUGUCGCCAAUGCUGAGAGGAUAGGUAAUGCAGCAAAGAUUAUAGUGGACGACCCGUCAGCCCAGAAGGCAGUAGUCGUCUCUGCGAUGUCAAAAGUGACGGACACUUUCUAUGAAAUCCUCAGGCUGGCAGAGAGCCGCGAUGAAAGCUACCUACGUGUGAUGGAAUCACUCUACCAGAAGCACAAGGAGACGGCCUUCGCACUUCUCGGACCGAGCGAUGCCUUGGAAAAGUUCAUGAAGAAACUGGACGGGGACAUCAGCAACCUCCAAGCAAUGAUGCGGGCAAUCUUUAUUGCUGGACAUGCAACAGAUACCUUCUCUGACAUUGUGGUGGGGCAUGGGGAGCUAUGGGCUGCACAACUUCUCGCUGCCAGCAUUUGCAAGGAAGGAGUAUCAGCGGUGUGGAUGGAUGCUAGAGAGGUUCUCGUGGUCUCACCGACAAGCACUCAGCAAGUGGAUCCAGAUUAUGAAUUAUCGGGUGAACGAUUGGAUGAAUGGUACCAGCAGCAGCAAGCGAUCCCAGACAUUUUGGUCAUCACUGGGUUCAUUGCCAGCACUCCGGAGGGUGUACCAACCACUCUGAAAAGGGAUGGCAGUGAUUUCUCUGCUGCCAUUAUGGGUGCUCUUUUGCUUGCUAAAAGCAUCACGAUUUGGACAGAUGUUGAUGGAGUCUAUAGUGCAGAUCCAAGGAAAGUUAGUGAAGCAGUGGUUCUUAGUACGUUGUCCUAUCAAGAAGCUUGGGAGAUGUCAUACUUCGGUGCCAAUGUGCUUCAUCCAAGGACAACCUUGCCAGCCAUGAAGUACAACAUCCCAAUCAUCAUCAAGAAUGUUUUCCGUCCGUCAUUCCCUGGUACUUGGAUCGGGCCCUCUACUUCCUCAGAUCAGGACCCUGCGAUCAGCGAGGAGAGUGGGAGUGUGAAAGGGUUUGCGACCAUCGACCAUGUUGCCAUAAUUAACGUGGAGGGGACGGGAAUGGCAGGUGUUCCAGGAACAGCUGGAGAGAUAUUCAUGACUGUCAAGGAAGUGGGUGCAAAUGUGAUUAUGAUCUCUCAGGCAAGUAGCGAGCAUUCCAUAUGCUUUGCAGUGCCUGAGACAGAGGCGAAAAUGGUCGCAAAGGCAUUGGAGAUUAAAUUUAAGAAAGCCCUUGGCGCUGGACGGAUUUCAAAGGUGGAGGUUCUGAGAAAUUGCAGCAUCUUGGCAGCAGUGGGCCAGAAGAUGGCCAGCACACCAGGUGUCAGCGCCACCUUCUUCACAGCUCUAGCAAAGGCUAACAUCAAUAUUCGGGGCAUUGCCCAAGGAUGCUCCGAGUACAACAUCACCGUUGUUGUGGAUCAGGAGGAAAGGAUACGUGCUUUGAAAGCAGUUCAUGCACGCUUCUACUUGUCCAAAACCCCGGUAUCUGUUGGGGUGGUUGGGCCUGGGCUUAUCGGUGGCACCCUGCUUGAGCAUGGAAUUGAUCUGACAAGAUGGAAAGAAAUCCUCCAAGAGAAAGGGGAGCCAGCUGACAUGGCAAAGUUCACAGAGCACUUGCGUGCUGGAUACCUAUCUCCGAAUAGAGUAAUGGUGGAUUGCACAGCAAGUGCCUUUGUUGCAGAGCACUACGAUGACUGGUUGCAGAAGGGCAUCCACAUUGUGACUCCCAACAAGAAAGCCAAUUCUGGCCCUUUACAGCAGUAUCUGAAAUUGCGCAAUCUUCAGAGGAAGUCGUACACACACUACUUCUAUGAGGCAACGGUGGGAGCUGGCUUGCCCAUCAUCAGCACUCUAAGAGGACUUUUGGAGACUGGUGACAAGAUUCUGAAGAUUGAAGGCAUAUUCAGUGGGACGCUGAGUUACAUCUUCAACAACUUCAAUCGAGAAAAGACAUUCAGCGGAAUUGUGGCUGAGGCGAAGGCAUCAGGAUUCACAGAACCUGACCCGCGGGAUGACCUCUCGGGCAUGGACGUCGGAAGAAAGGUGGUCAUUCUAGCAAGAGAGUCAGGGCUGCAGCUUGAGCUUGAAGAUAUUCCAGUGCAGAGCCUGGUCCCGGAGCCAUUGCAGUCUGUUGAGACAGCUGAUGAGUUCAUGCAAGGAUUACCUGCAUACGAUCUUCAGAUUGGAGAGCAGCUCGAAGAGGCAGAAGCACGAGGGGAGGUGCUGCGGUACAUUGGUGUCGUUGACUGCGUAAAGAAUGAAGGGAGCGUGGAAUUGAAGAGCUACCCCAAGUCUCAUGCAUUUGCUCAACUGUCUGGGAGUGACAACAUUAUUGCGUUCACAACCACACGCUACCGUGACCAACCACUCAUUGUUCGUGGUCCAGGAGCUGGCAAAGAGGUUACCGCAGGUGGCGUGUUCUGUGAUGUGCUUCGGCUAGCAGCCUACCUCGGGGCUCCUUCCUAGUGUGCUUUCGGCCUUUGAUCGCAGUGAGCCAACCCAUUUGCCAGGGAGAAUCAAUUUGCCGCUGAACGUGAGGCAAGGGCAGUUUUUGAUCCGCUGCUGUAGCAGCAUAAGAGGUGAACAUACCACAGGAAUUCACUGCCCUCGAUUGCUGCGAGGGAUUUUUUGUCGAGAUUUUGCCUUCACAGUGUGUGCUGGCACGGAUAGGAAUUCGCUGCCCUCGAUCGCUACGAGGGAAUUUUUGUCGAGAUCUUGCCUUCACAGUUUGCACUGGCACGGACAGGAAUUCGCCGCCCUCGGUGAGGCUCGAUCACUACGAGGGAGUUCUUUGUCGAGAUUUUACCUUCAUGGUGUGCACAGGCACGGACUGUCAUCUGGAAAUAUAUGUCUUGCUCAUGCAAGAACACUCCCUGACUUGUAUGAGAUCAUCUCUUGCCAAUCUAUUGCCAUAAGAGGGAAGGAUAAUCCCCUUCUUCUCCCCCCCCCCCCCUUUUUCCCCCGCCCCUUCUUUGCAAGAGGGAUGGAUAAUCCCUUCCCCUCUCCCCGAAGCCUGAUGCUCUAUGUGAGACUUGUUGAUUCCCAGAAAGGCAGGCUUCCUUUUUCAGCGCUGGCGGAUCUGCAAGCUGAUUCUUCCAGGACUUUUGAAAUUGCUUUGAUGAAGUUUGAUCCUUUGUUUUUGUCCAUACUUGUUGUGCCAAAAGAGGGCAUACCAUCCAUGGUGGGUCUCCGAAACCAUAGAUAAAAUGAAUCGGCGGCGGGCGGCCUCCGAAACCCGCAGCUGAUAGCUGCCAUGUGCUGGUGCUUUAAUGCUACAUUAUGAGCUGCAAGCAUGUCGAGUACAUCUCCAAAGAAAGCAUGGAUGCACAAGGAUCUAAUUAGUGUGUCCCAGUUGUUUGUGGCUUUCGCUGCAGUAUCACUUGAAAAAAAAGUGUGCAUAAGCAGCAUAACACUAACUUCAACGCCAACUAGUAAAGCUCACCUAUGCUGCCAUGUGCACCUUACACUGCUCACAGCUCAAUGUCCUUGGAUGCUGUUUUUUUUUUUUAGGGGGGUUCUCCUUCCUAGUUGUCCGAAUUCGGGGGUUGUAGACGUAUUCAAUGAAAUAGGGCAUGAUUUGCUGUUCUUUAAAGCACCAGUACAUGGCCACUGCCAAGUCAAGAAAGUCCAAUUGAGCCUCCCCUGAAGUUUUGGAGGCUCAAGCGCCGUAGAUAAAAUAAAUCGACGGCG